GAGGCAAACAACAAUGAAUUCAGUCUGGUAUACAUGCACGAGUCGGGUCCCCACAACCAGCCCCACCGCACCACAACCACACGAGGACGCAGGGCACACAAAUGGACGACUAGUUCUCCUCCCCGCCGGCCCCCAUGCCCAUCAUCCCCUUGGCCCACGUGGCCACCUUCUGGACGCCCUUGGAGGCCGCCUUCUGCAGGCGGACCCGGGCCACGCAGGCGUGUGUGAACGCCAUGCGGAGGCCGCGAGCCGCGCCGCAGCACCAGCAGCAGCUCUCUUGCCCCACCACCACCCAAUAUCCCCCCACCCUCUUCCAAUGGGCGCGGUCCCACUUGGUCAGUGGACUGACAUAGAAGCCGUCCUCGCCCUCGCCCCACAGCGCCACCGGCACCACCAGGCGGUACCUGCCAUCGCUAAACCGCGCGUUGCACGGGGAAGGGGUCUGGGUCGGGAGUGGUGAGUAUGUGGUGGCGGUGGUGGUGGUGGGUGGGUCUGGGUCAGGGAUGGGGAUGGGGGUGGCCAGGCCGAGGGCGUGCUGGCGCAUCGUCUCCCUGUCCUCCUGGAAGCCAACCACACGCACAGAGAGAGGACAGAGUGUGUGUGUGUGUGUGUGUGCGUGUGUUGUGAGGUGACUGUGGUGAGAGGCCCUCACCCUCAUCCACUCGAUGUCCAUCUCCCAGUACUUCAUGAUGUACUCCCUGUUGUCCUCUGUGACGCCCUACACACACACACAGGGGUACACGUGCAUUGUUGUCCGUCAUGUGCGCACUACCAGUGCACCAGUGUGUGCCAAUGAUCAGGCUUACCAUCUCACUGUCGUAUUCCGCCCUGGCCUCGUCGUCGGUCAGCACCGUCUUAGCCGCGUUGAUGUCCUUGAUCAGCUGAUAGCUGUGGAGGCUCUUCUUGUCGGGGUGGAGGUACGGGUGCUGCACCCACACACAGACAGCACAACACAAUCCAGCUGAUGCAGUCACAUAGGCUCAAGUAUGCGUUCAUGUCAGUCGACACUCAUCGCAUCAUCGUCUUCUCUUGUUUUCUGUUCUCUUCACAUCACAUCACACUACAUGAAAACGCUCCGCCCCGCCCCUCUUUGUGUCCAUCGGUAUGCAGGCGAACCUCACGACAGACCUUCCUGUAGGCCUUCUCUAUCUCCUUCUUGGUGGCGUAGGGCGACACCUCCAGCACGGCGUAGUGGGCGAGGGUGUAACUGAUGGCAGCGGGCGGGUAGGCGUAGUACUGCGGCAUGGCGGGCCGGGUAGCAGUGGAAGCAGCGGCACCGACGCGCCGACAAUGGCAGCUUAUCUCAC